AUGUAUACGGGCUCAGAGCCUUUGGCUGUGAAUUCAACGGCAGCAGAUGGGAACUUCUUACAAAUGUUGAACAUUUCGAUGAAUACCUUUGAAUGCUACUAUACGGAUCGACGUUUUGAAACGGCCGGACAACAGGUCGAGGAGCUUUGUUGCGAUUGCUUUUAUUCACGACACCUUUUAUUGCGUUAUUUGUUUUUGUGUUCUAUUUUAUCAUAA